AUCUAAGCUGUUAUGAUUUAUUGGCCCAACAGUAGACUUGAAAGAAACCUGUGUGAGACUUGGCAAAAAACUGUGGAUAUAAUGUAUAAGUCUGUGCAUGAUCUGCGGACACUUUGAGAUCAGGACUGAAGGAUGUUCAUGUCAGUGACAGCAGUUCUUGGAGCGACCCUGGGAACUGUGUCUGGAGCACUCACACUCUGUGGCCUGUCACUGCUCUGCAAGAACUGCAAGAAGAGCAAAUUUGAGAAGGAUGACAACACCGACUCUGAGAGAGCAAAAGCCAGCAUCUUACACACACUCACACAGUUUAGCGUGCAGAAAUCUACAGAGCCUAUUCAGCCACAGGCACUGCUGAAGUUCCCCAAGAUCUACAAACCCAAACCAUCUGUCACAUCACCUAAGGUUAUGAGCUACAGUGAAAAUGCUGUCGCCUCUGAAAAAGCUCUUGUUAAGCCUGAUAGUUGUAAUCAAGGAAUUGAGGAAGAUCAGGUCGCUGCUCUCCCACGGCAAGAUUCCACAGAUGAGACACCCUGUGCUGUCAAGCAAUUCACUGCCAUUCCAAGCAGUAGCUCUGUGCUGCACCUUAAACUGCACUUCUCCCUUCGCCUGUACACAGAGAGCAGAGAGCUGCACAUCACCAUCAUAGAGGCGGAGCAAGUAAGCAUGGAGACUGGCAGUGAGGGCUAUGUGUCAGGGUGUGUGAGUGUAUUUGGAGAACAGAGGCUUGCCCAGACAGCAGUACGCAAGCUAGCAUCAACAGUGCAGUGGGGCGAGGUUAUGGUGUUCUCCCUGCCCAGUACCUGUAGUAUAGAAAGCACAGAGAGCAUGGAGGGAGAAGUGGCACUGACCUUACACAUCUGUGACCGAUUCUCCCGGAAUACCACUCUGGGCACUGUGAGGUUCAAACUGGCGGAUGUGGGCAUGAUGUCAGACUCUGACUGCUGGGUCAACUUGCAGCCACCAAAACAGAUGAAAGUGCAUUCAACGGGGGAGCUGUUGCUGUCACUAAGCUACCUGCCAGCAGCAAAUAGGCUGGGGGUGGUGGUGAUGAAGGCAAAAGGACUGCAGUCUGAUAAACUUAAAGACAAUAUAGACCUCUCAGUGAAGCUGACUCUGAAACACCAGAGCACCAAACUAAAGAAGAAGCAGACACGACGUGUCAAGCACAAAAUCAACCCAGUGUGGAAUGAGAUGAUGAUGCUAGAGCUCCCCAAAGAGCUACUGACCAAGUCCAGCUUAGACCUGGAGGUGCUGAACCAGGCAAGCCCUGGCACACUGCUCCCACUUGGGCGCUGUCAGCUUGGGCUCCAGUUCUCAGGCACUGGCUUCCAACACUGGCAACAGAUGCUGGAUAACCCACGCAAACAGAUUGCCAUGUGGCAUCCUCUGCAUGUUUAAAAUAAAAUUCCAACUAGUGUAUAUAAUGCAUAGUUAAAUGUUUGUUCAU